UGUUAUGUGGAUCGAGUCACGUGGUGUUUGCUGUAGUUGUACGUCAUCUCGCUAAUUUUGUUGAAGCGAGUGACGUUUGACAUGGGCCAUCAUGGACGACCUAUGAUGAAGGUGGCGCGCGAUGCUAUCUUGAAUCUAUCCUCUCUCCUCUCUUUAUUAUGCUGUUAUGUGACCGUGGGUGUGCUGUCCGAAGUUGACGAGAGUAGUUUCAUGAACAGGUGCUCACUCUACAUUGACGAGAAGAAUGUGAAUGAGUGCAUUCAUUGCUACGUUAUUGGAAGCACUCCAGAACUGUUCUACGAUCAGUUGAACAACGAGAAUUAUGGUGGGGAUCUCUGUCAACCGCAGAUCGACGCAAGUUAUAAUAGCGUCGUUACUAUGCACUCAUCAGAUCAAAACCCUCCCAACUACCUCAUCCUUAGCCUUGAAAGUCACCUAAGCAACUUACAUCACACAAACGAGGUGCUAUUUCGUGUCGGGUACUUCUCAUCAAGCUUACAACAGAGUGUCGACCACUACUUCGCGGCUAAAAUUCAAGUGGCAAACAGUGACAGGGAACGACUGCCGAAGAUGCGGAUUGCCCUUCCCUUAGGAGACGCGGAUCUUCAUAAGAAAGUGCGUCUUCUGUCUCACAGUAGAUUAACUUGCGGUGGAUUGAGCUCUUCGCUGGAAAUUCUUUCCAAUGGGAGUGCUGAUAGUGUAACCUUUGAACCCAAAGAAUCCAAACUGAAAGAUGAUGAUAAAACAUGCAAGUAUCUGCAAAUGAAAAGGAGUCCUAAUUUAAAACAAGACAGACCAGCCAAGAUGCCCAAAUUGGUUGAGCUAAAGAGUCAAAUGCAAAAAGCGCCAGACCAAACGUUUGCUGCUAAGUUGCAUGAUAAAAAGUCGUCGAAGACCGCAAACGCCGAUGACAGUUUAUUUAUUAUUUUGACUUUAAUUGUCCUAGCUGCUGUGUUUGUGAUCACUUCGCAAAUUGUCGCUGUCUUGGUUCAGACCAACAGGCUCGACCGUCGAAACUGGGAGAAGAUUCGACAAUGCUUUUGUUGUACUGGAAACCGACGACCCAACAACGCCCAGAACCAGCAGCCGAAUCGCGAAUCGCUGGAACUGCAGCCACCAUUGAUACAAAGCCAAAUGCCGCAACCAAGUGACAAUGACAAUUCCAACCAGCAAGUACUGUCAGUAAUUGUUAUUUACCCAGAUGCAAGAGGGCAUGAAUCAGACACAUUUGAAGAUAUCCUCCGUCACACAGAAGUAGAGAACAGUAUUCUACUUCGAAACCAACCCGAGCAAAUCUUGCAAGAUUCCGACUAUCUUCAAUAGAAAUUGUGAAAGAGAUGUUGGUUGCAAAAUUGUCUGCAGACUCAAAUUUUAAGUGAUUUUUCGAAAUUUGAAGUUUCGCUGGCAUACCUAAAACUUUGUGAAAGAUAAUAGAAACAAGUGACUCGAUCUGAAAUUGACUCGAUUUUUUAAGUGGAACUGAUCCAAGCUCAUGGGUGAAAUCGCCGAUGAUGAUAUUUUGUUGGAUAUAAACUGAAUUUUACUAAAUUCUUCAGAGCGUUUUUAAAUUUCGCAUUUUGGUUCGAAUUUUUCAUGUACGAAUUCUCCGAUUUCAAAAAUACCGUUGAACAAAUCCAACCAGGUGCGGAUAUAGGAGGGGGCGACCAAAUAGAUUUUCAGAGCUCUCUCAAUAACUAUAAAGCCCUAUUUUGACGAUUUUAGAAAACUUAGAAUCGUUCUGCCUUAAAUGUAUGUCUUAAAAAAGCAGGACCAUUUGGGUUGUCAGGGGGUCGAAUUACAUGAAGGAGCGUCCGCCCCUCCCCCUAAACCCGCUACUGAUUCUAACCAUUCUGUUUGUGUGAAUCUAUAGUUGAUGUACAAGUUCAGUAGUGUUCAUUGCGAUAACUGUUCUUUCUAGCUUUGAUCCAAACUGCCUUUAAAAAUGUAAUUCAAUCAAAAAUGUUAGUUUAUCAAAAAUAAGUUUCAUCAUUUUAUUUGUUUGCAAUUAUGUUUGCCUUAAAUUGUACGGUCGAAACUUUUCCUUUUGAUUGCAGAAUCUACAUCUCUGGGAGAUAUAUUUCUCACAUGCUAAUGUAAGUGCGUGCAGUAGUUUAGAAAAUAUCUUAAUUGUGAUAUUUUUAUGCCUAUUUUCUAAAUCCAUAGUUUUUGAUAUUUUGUACACAAAGUGAAGAAUAAGAUAUUUCAGUCAA